AUGCCGAAGCGAGGCUCGACAACUCCCAGUACACCCGGUCAACAUUCACCAGCAAAAAGAAAAAGACCAGUUGAUGAGAAUGUAAAUACGACACAACAACCACUACAGCAACGUCAUCAACAACCAAAAGAAGAAGAAUAUCAUAAAAAUGCCGGUACAAUAAUGAGAAUUAGCGUAAAAAAUUUUAUGUGUCAUACAUUUCUUGAAUUUGAUUUUAAUGAAAAUUUAAAUAUGGUAAUCGGAAAUAAUGGAAGUGGUAAAUCGGCUAUUAUGAAUGCUAUCACGUUAACACUUGGCGGGCGUGCAACAAGUACAAGCCGUUGUACCAAUGUCAGUCGGUUUAUUCAACAUGGCAAAAGUCAAUCUGAAAUAGCUGUAUUAUUGUGUAACGAAGGCCUCGAAGCAAUUGAUAUUGAACGAUAUGGCAAAUCAAUUUUGAUAACACGAAAAAUCAAUAUCAAAGGACAAAGUCAUUAUACAAUCAAAAAUGGAGGCGGUAAAACUGUCUCAGAAUUAAAAGAUACAAUUGAUCAGAUAAUAGCACAUUUUAAUAUACAAGUUGAUAAUCCAAUGUGUAUGUUAAAUCAAGAUGUUGCUAAAAAUUUUUUAAAUACAAAAAGCGAUAAAGAUAAAUAUAAUUUUUUUCUAAAAGCCACACAGUUACAGAAAAUGGAAGAAGAUCUUGAAGAAAAUCAAGUUGAAAUACGUCAAGCCAAAAAAGUAUUGAAUGAACAUAUUAAGACUGUUAAUGAAAUGAAAUCGAAAAGUGAUGAAUUAGAAGCUCAAUUAAAAUUUGCAAAGUCUGUUCGAGAAGCUGAAGCAAAUGUGAAUAAUCUCAAAGGUCAAUUAGAAUGGGCUGAUCAACUGGAAAAAGCGAAUGAGGAUGGUGCUGCUCAACUUGAUGUAAUCGAUAAAUUUAAAGAGAAACGUGAUUCAUUUAAAAAUGCAUUAGCAAAUGAAAAAACAAAACGUGAUGAAUUACAACAUAAUGCAAAUGAAAUAUCCAAUUCGACAAUUGAACAAAAACGUAUUCAUGAUGAUAUUGAAAAAAAAGUGAAAGUAUUUGAAAAACAAACGCGUUCAAUUGAGGCUGAAAUAAAACGAUAUGAAAAUGAUUUGCAAAUGCAAAAUGUAUUGAAAAAAAAUAUUCAAAAAAAAAUUGAAGAAUCAAGAAAUCAAUCAGCUAAUAAUGAUUAUGAAAAAAUUCGUAAACGUAUUGAAGAAUUAGAUACGUAUAUUAGUGAACAACGUGCCAUAUUGUCAAUGAAAGAAAAUGAACGUCAAAAUUUUGUUCAAUUAAUUGAUGAUGAACGACAACAAUUAAAUAUUGAUAAUCAAGGGGUGCGAACUGCUGAAAAUUAUUGUCAAAAACGUCAAUAUCAAAUUCAAAACUUGAGAUUAGCUAAAAAUAAUAGUAAAAGUAUCUAUGGACCGUAUACUGUUAAUAUAUUAAAAACAAUUGAAAAACAUGCAAAUAAAUUUAAAGAAAUGCCUAUUGGACCUGUUGGUACACAUUUGAAGGUGAAAGAUCGAAAAUGGUCGUUCGCUAUUGAACAAUGUAUUUAUUUUCAAAUGACCGGUUACAUAUGUUCAUGUCGUGAAGAUGAACGUCUUCUAUUGGAAAUCUUUUCAUCUUGUAUACCAGCAAAUGAGAUGUAUCAACGACCAAGUGUGACAGUUAUGGCGUAUCAAAAAUCAGUAUACAAACAAUUGAAAGCGAAAAUUGAACAAUGUAUAUUAUUGGAUACAACAGCUGAAGGUCGAAAAAUAAUGGAACAUAAUUGCCCACAAAAUUGUAUUGCAGCAUUUAUUACUGAUGGUACUCAAGUACAGGGUGGACAAUUAUUUCGUAUAAUUACAUGCAAAUUAGCAAAUCCUCGUUUUUUUGUUGAUGAUAUAUCUGGUCAAAUUUCACAAGCUGAAGAUGAUUUGAAAUUAUCACAAAAUAAAGUCAAUGAAGCUAAAAUACAAGUGAAUGAAACACAAGCACGUAUUCAAACACAUUUAUCGAAUACACAAAAUCUUGAUCGAACAAUAAAUGACAUCAAAAUGAAAUGUGCAAAAUCGCAAAAAGAAUUAAACGAAUUACGUCAACGAGAUACUCCUCGAGAUAGUAGUAUCGAUGAUUUUGAAAGUGAAAUUGAUGAAUAUGAUAAGAAAAUAGAAAAAAUUCAAGAAAAAAUCGACGAACAAAAAUUAAAAUUAAAUGUCAAUGAUGAUCCAGAAUAUAAAAAAUUGUGUAAUGAUUUGGCAGUGGCCAAAAAUAAAGUACAAGAAAAAAAAAUGGAAUUAGAACAAUGUAAAAAAAGUUUGCAAGAAUGCGAUUCAUUAAAAGAACAUGGACAACGUACAGUUGAUCAAUUAGAACAAAAAUUGAUCGAUAUGCAACGUCUUCUGGAUAAUGUCAAUUAUGAAAUACAACAACUUAAACAUAAUUAUGAUUCUAAAAUUCAACAAGCAAAACAAUAUAUUAAAGAUAAACCCAAUUCAAAUAUAGACUCGAAAGUAGUCAAACGAAAUUUAGAUUCAUUAAUUAAAUUUAUUGAAACAAAUCGAUCAAAAACUCAAAAUUCUGAUCAAGUUCAAGAAGAAUAUGAUCAAUUACAAUUACAAUAUGAUACAUUCGAUUUUGUUGUUAGCAAACAACGGAGUCUUAUCAAAAAAUUAGUUGGAGCAGCAAAUCGUCGAGGUAGUGAAUAUACCGCAUUAUUAGAACGUACAGCUGAAUUAACAAGUCAAUGUUUUCAAAGUUUUUUGGAAAGUCGAAAUUAUCAAGGUGAAGCAAAAUUUGAUCAUGAAGAAGGAACUUUACAAUUGAAAAUCACACCUCGUGGCGAUGAAGCACAUGAAGAUACCCGCUCAUUAUCAGGUGGUGAACGUUCAUUUUCAACAGUUUGUUUCAUGUUAGCAUUAUGGGAAGUUGUUGAAAUGCCAUUACGUUGUUUAGAUGAAUUUGAUGUAUUUAUGGAUCAUGUUACACGCCGAACAGCAAUGAAACUUGUACUAGAUGUGGCUAGAGAAAAACAGAAACAAUAUAUUUUUCUUACACCUCAAGAUUUAAGGUAUUUAAAAGAAGAUCCAUCUGGAAAGCCGACACAAUCAGCUCAUCCAGCAAAAUUUUCACCAGAUGAUCAAUAUUCUCGCCAGAGAUUAUUAUUGAAAAAACGUUUUGGUCUAUUAUUAACACAAACACCAUUGACAAAAUGUUAA